GGAGACGGAACUUAUUUUCCAAAACUUCACUUUUUGGAAUAGAAUAGAAUGUAAUAAACAUAAUUGUCAAAGACGUGUCCAAAACUUGGCUGGCACGAUCCAGAAUUCACAAGUCCAGUCGAACUUUCUAGACGAUCUUACAGAAUUCAUUCCCGGCUACAUAUAAAAAGGUCUCAUAAAAUAUUGCCCCCGGUGAAUUUACAGGAUCUUUUGAUUAAAGUCAAAGGCAAAUAAUAUCUUCAGGUAAGCUGAAACGUUACAAUUUCUGAUGCAGUUUCCGCAAUUACUGAUAGGGUUUGAUAGCAAUGGGAAAUUUUAUCUGCUAGUUUUAGGCCGUAUAUACUCUCUUAUUGUUGGAUGUAUCUGGAUGCUGUUAUGUCAGAUCGGUUUUCACAUGUGUAGAAGUAAACCGCCCGUAUCUUAAAUUUGAGUGUUUACAUUCUUUGAAAAGCGUCCAAUUUGCUCCGCUGUAUAUUUUGAAGUAUGUGUGUGUUGUAACCAGUAGGAUACAGAAAAUUUAAACUAUUUAUUAUUUGUGGCGUCGAUAUUGUGGGAUGUGUUGAUUGAGGAGAAUGGUGAGAAUUUCGGAAUAAAUGAUGGGUAUAUUAGUUAUAUAGUUCACGAUGGAGAAUCUCUAUCAAUAGGUUUAGUACUUGGUAGUUAUGUUAUUUUUAGCCAUAUGAUUCUAGUCUGGGCUCUGGAGCAGAGGUCUUGAGAUUGGAGAAACCAUCCUGAAGUCAUAUCAUGAAUUUUGAAGACUUCCAGAUCGAAGACUUCUUGCUUGGCUGCUCCAUAUUCAUCUAAAGCCCUAUCAGUCAACUUGCAGUAUUUUUUGCACUACUGAAAUACGAAGAUCUAUUGAAGCGAUUAAGAUGGCAGAGGAAGGACAAAAGGUCCUAUUAAAUGUAUAUGACUUAAGCCAAGGACUAGCUCGCCAGAUGUCUGCUGCAUUCUUAGGAAAAACAAUCGAAGGCAUAUGGCACACUGGCGUAGUUGUUUAUGGUAAUGAGUAUUAUUUCGGAGGUGGGAUCCAACAAGCUCCUGUGGGUAGUACACCAUAUGGAACUCCAUUGAAAGUUGUAGACCUUGGAUCGACGCAUCUUCCGAAGGACGUUUUUGAAACAUAUUUGCAGGAGAUUAGCCCCCGCUACACUGCAGAAACCUACAGUUUGCUGACCCAUAACUGCAAUAAUUUCAGCAAUGAGGUUGUUCAGUUUUUAGUAGGCGCAACCAUUCCAGAAUAUAUCUUAAACCUUCCCAAUGAUGUCAUGAGCAGCCCGAUGGGUGCUCUCAUGUUGCCAAUGAUCCAACAGAUGGAAUCCACAUUAAGAGCAGGUGCGGUUCCACAAGCACCCAUGUUUAAACCAUCAGCAGUUGCCGCUAGUGUCACCACCCCUUCUCAGCCAGAAAAUGCUAGAAGCAAAAAGACUCUACCCGAAGACACAAAAAUGCAGGGUGUUGAUUCUGGGGUGCAAAAUGCUAAGAGAGAAGGUGCAGUGUCUCAUGCAGCAUCUGCCAGUGUUGCCGUGGAUCCACUUGGAGAUGCUAGGAGCAAGAUACAAGAUGAGAUUGCAAAAGAAUUUGCUGCAAUUAUGGCAACUGGGACGCUGCGUGCUAGUGAGGCUGCGGCUUUGGCAACUAAAAAAGUGAUGCAAAAAUAUGGACACACCAAUGCUGCACCCAGCUAAGAUACAAAAUUUAUUGAAAUUACUUUAAAUAGGACAAAAAACGUUCCUAUAUUUCAAAAUAGGACUAAUGUAUUUUUUUCCAAAAUAGGACUAAUUACUGCAUGUUUUGGUAGUACCAAACUUUAAACAUGGUGGUCUUUUCCAAACUUGUCGGUAAUUACUCCUAUUUUGGGAUUAUAAACAUGACAGUCCUAUUUUGGAACAAUCAAAACUUUUUUACUCCUAUUUCAAGAAUUUCCCCAAAACUUAUCAUUAUUUUAGUGUGUAUUUCACAACUAUAACUAUAUUGCUGAUGGAUAUUCAAAUUGAUGGAUAUUCAAUUGGGUAUGUUAUUUGAAGGCAAUCACUUCAACACUAUUACCCCUCUUUAAAAAAUGUUGAAGUUCUCUUUUGUCGUUUAUUUU